AUGGCCGACCAAGAGAUGCACAACACCCACCCAGAAGAAGAGGAGGAUGAUGCCAUGCUCGGCCCCGAUGAAGCAGAAGAAAUCGUCGAGCAGGGCGACGACAUAGCAAUGGACUCGGGAGAUGAGGAUGAAGACGGCGACAACAACAUGGUCGAAGAGAUCCAACUACAGAAUGACAGCAGCGCACACUUUGAUCACCACAAGGACAGCAUUUUCUGCAUUGCUCAGCACCCCACUAACCCCGCCAUGGUAGCCACGGGAGCUGGCGACGACUGCGCAUAUAUUUGGGAUUYCACACCACCAGAAGGGCCAUUGCUUCCAGCGAGCUACGAGACGGAUCCUCAGCCAAGAGAACGUGAAGGACAGAAGAUAGUUGCGGAAUUGGGAGGGCAAGAUGAGAGUGUGAAUGCCAUCUGCUUCACAUUGCCCAAGGGCGAUUUUGUGGUGACAGCGACUUUGGCUGGGAAACUGAGCGUCUAUACUACACCCACAUCCACCACGCCAUCCAAAGUGGUAGGGACAAGUAAGGAAGUUGAAGRGAUCAAUUGGCUUCUUCCCUGUCCUUCAGCCGCAUACCCCAAUACCGUUGCAUUUGGCGCCAAUGAUGGUAGUGUCUGGGUCUAUACCAUCGAGUCAGACUCCAGCUUGAACAUUGUCCAGACUUUCUUCCUUCAUCAAUCCCCUUGCACGGCGGGAGCCUGGUCACCCGAUGGUAAACUCCUCGCGACAGUGGAUGAGGACUCGAGUCUUUACGUUUGGGACGUGUUUGGUGAGGCAGCGGCAGCGGGUAUCACCGAUCCUCAAGGCGGUCAGGCGGUUGUUUCUCUCACCGCAGCGGACGAGCGUUUCAAGGUCGAAGGUGGUCUCUACAGCGCUACCAUCUCACCUGGAGGGGGACUGGUAGCGGUGGGAGGAGCGGGCGGCAACGUGCGAAUCGUAGGUCUUCCGCGGCUUGCAAGUAACGCAGCAGCGAGCUCUACAGCAGGUGCAAAGGGUGCAGGAGCUAGAGGCAAGGUUGGCGGRGCGAAACAAGCCGGUGGACCUGGUGGAGCGACAUCCGCAGGUCAAGCUGGGCAAAUUCUGGCUGCAAUCCAAGCACAGACAGACAGUGUAGAGACGCUGGAUUUCAGUCAGCCGCCUUUGACACUCCUCGCGGCAGGAUCAGUGGAUGGUAGCAUCGUUCUAUUCGAUGCAGCACACAACUUUGCCGUGAGGAGGCAUAUUCGAGAUGCGCAUGAGGAGGAAGCUGUCAUAAAAGUCGAGUUUGUGAAAACUCCGCUUGGGACAGCAAACGAGCGGAAUCACAUGCUAACAAGUUGUGGCAACGACGGCGUGGUGAGGAGAUGGGAUGUUCGAGGUGGUACAGCAGCUGCACAGCAAGGGUUCUUGGGUGAGUGGAAGGGACACCGAGGAGGUGGUGAGGGUGGCGGUGUGCUGGGCUUUGUGCAGGGUGGAGGGAAGAGGGUCAUCACUGCUGGUGAUGACGGUGUCUCGUUGGUGUUUGAUGUCUAG